CAGCCAUUCGCUGGGUAGCAAUGCACAGGACAGGUCACGCAAGAGGACACAAAAAGUUACCGUAUGGACUUUAAAUUAGAAAUUGGUGAAUCGUUUUUGUCAUAAAAAUAGUUGAAUUAUGUUAAACAACAACGGGAAGAAGACUGCCAUUUGCGUGGCCACCACUGCGGGUCUUUGCCUACUGACGCUGCUGGUCGCCGUGCGGCAUCACCGGGCUUAUGCGGAGAGCACCCUCCGGGGGACGCGCACCGAGCGGGACAGCGACGCCGCCGGGCAGAAGGGAUUCUCGGCGUACUUCAGCAAGCUGAACCGCGGGCGGAGGGAGGCGGAGAAGCCCGCGGAGGGAACCCCCGGCUCGGAGAGCGCGGAUGCUCGCGCCUCACCCCCGCCGGCGGAAGACAUCAGCCCCAACGACCUGUUCAUCGCGGUGAAGACCACCAAGAAGUUCCACCAGGCCAGACUGAACCUCCUGCUGGACACUUGGAUCUCCAGAAGCAUGCAGCAGACGUACAUCUUCACGGACGGCGAGGACGAAGAGCUCAAACGGAAAAUCGGGAGUCACGCCAUCAACACCAACUGCUCCGCCGCUCACAGCAGGCAGGCCCUGUCCUGCAAGAUGGCCGUGGAGUACGACAAGUUCAUAGAGUCCAGCAAGAAGUGGUUCUGUCACGUGGACGACGACAACUACGUGAACGUGCGCAGCCUACUGAAGCAGCUGUCCCAGUACCAGCACACCCAGGACGUGUACAUCGGCAAACCCAGCCUGGACAGACCCAUCGAGGCCACGGAGAGGCUGGGGGACAACAAGAUGAAACCAGUCAACUUCUGGUUUGCAACCGGAGGGGCGGGCUUCUGCGUUAGUCGGGGUUUGGCGCUGAAGAUGAGCCCGUGGGCCAGCGGCGGCCACUUCAUGAACACGGCGGAGAAGAUCCGCCUGCCGGACGACUGCACCAUCGGUUACAUCAUCGAGUCGGUCUUGGGCGUGCCCCUGAUCCGCAGCAACCUCUUCCACUCCCAUCUGGAAAACCUGCAGCAGGUUUCGCGCUCUGAGAUCCACAAGCAGAUCACUCUGAGUUAUGGGAUGUUUGAAAACAAAAGUAACAUCAUCAACCUGAAAGGAGCUUUCCCCAUGGAGGAGGAUCCAUCGAGGUUCAAGUCUGUGCACUGUCUGCUGUACCCAGACACGCCGUGGUGUCCCCUCCAGGUUGCCUUUUAGGGCGACCGCUCCUUUCCUCAUCCUCGUCCUCGCCGUGCCUCGGUAUCUGAAAGGCACGCGAGGACCAGCGUCUUUCUCUUUAAGGCCGCGUGUCGCCGCCGCUGGGUUCUUUACAGCGAGCGGCACGCGGGGUCUUUGUGUUAAUUGGGCUGCUGUGCGGCACCACACUUACGGGACUGCCACCACUUCCUGUCUAGAGCUUGGACAGGAAGUAGCUUUCUGCGUUUUUUUAAAUUUUCUAAGCUUUGCAGGCAAUCAGUGGCGCUUGUAAAUGAAUCUGCAAUUCUCAUAGAAUGUAUUUGAUAUUUUCCAAGCCCCUUUUUUUUGCCAGCUUUACGCGACUUUUGUUUGUCUUUUAAAAUGUUCAAGCGUUUCGAUGGUGACUUUCGAUGACGGCGAUUUUGUUAUUUGUCAAUAAGGCGGCCCAAUCUGAAGUUAAUCAGGACUAAGCACUUUUUUUU